AUGCCAAAUCCAUCAACAUCAGUUGUAGCAUCAGCAAACAGUUUCCAAAUGCAUCUUCCAGUCCAUAGUAUUCUCCCAUCUGCAAGACCGCAGCUGCAACCGUAUGUAAUCCCAACCACCACCAUCGCCACUAGUAGUAGUAGCACCAACAAUGUCCUGAUGAUGGACAACCAUCAAAACAUCCACAUUAACGAAUCCGCUGCCAAUUUGGAAGGAAACCCACUUCUCGUUAUCGUACGAGAGCUGCUGUCGCUACAUAAAUUCAUGCUUAUUGCCAUUGGCCGUGACGAAAUCGGACAAGUCAAAACAAUCUUGACUCGUCUUCGUGAGAUAUUGAAUAGUGAGUUGCUGGCUGACACGUCGUCUGAUAAUGGUCAGACGACAGAAUCAGAUGUAUUAUUUCGACGUGCUAUUGCGUAUCUCACUCAUGAGAUUGUCAACGUGUCUCGUCCACAACAACGUCAAAGUCCGGUGCUAGUUGGACGAGCUGUAGCAGCUACUCCUCGUACGGGUGCCAAACGUAGUCGCGACAUUCAGAACGAGGAUGAAAAAGAAUAUGAUGAUGCUGCUGGUCAAGUCGCUAGAGACGACGCCACUGCAAUUUCAACCUCAUCCCCUACACCGAGCAACACGUCAAAACGAUACGCAACUCGAAAGCUCAACAAGUCGGAACGAGCAUUCACACGUGCAGUGCAACGAACAACGGCUGAUUCUGGUAGUAAUAGGAAAACCAUGUCUGAAGAAUCAGAUUUAUCGCCCGUCGACGACAAUGACGACGGCAAUGACGACGCUGACGAUGAAGAAGAGUUUAAAAUCGCUGCUCAGAAUCCAAGUGAUGAUAGUGACGACUAUCAUCCGUCAAGGCCUGUACGCUCUACUCGUGGAAACAAACGAGGGAGUGCGGUGUCUGCAUCUGGCGAUAGGCCAGUCGCAAAGAAACGUCAUAGUAAUAAUAGUGGUAGUCGUCCCAAGCCCGGUCCAAAAAGGAAUUCUGCUGGUGAUGGUAUUGUUAAAAGGCCUAACCAUUCUGCUGAGGUCUCUCGCGUUUUAAAGGAAUGGCUAUUCAGUCACAAAGAACACCCAUAUCCUACUGAUGAAGAAAAGGACAAGCUAUGUACACAAACUGGACUCUCAAUCACCCAGUGCAACAAUUGGUUUAUCAAUGCUCGUCGAAGGCUCUUAACUCCCAAAAAUCCAUGA